AUGAUGCAACCUGAGCUUCUUGAUCAGUCCUCAUGGCCAUUCUACAACGUUAUAGAUUCCACUUUUGACGAGCUUGCCACGUUCGAUGGCUAUGGCUUCCCUUCAAUACUCACCACAACAGAGGAUUCCUCUGGACUUUCUUCAGACCCCUUUUCUUCAACCAUAUUCCAGGGUGAAUUUGUCCAAUAUCCAUUUUGUGAUGAUUCCCAACAGGUCAUGUUAUCCAUGAGAUCAAACUUGUCAACGGAGUUGGGGAUAUUAGAGAACAUUUUGAAUGAUGAUGACAUUGUACGUAUGGAUUAUAUUACAGGAGAGAGUGAAGGAAGUUUCAGUUUGGAACAAAUUUCCACUGAUGGAGAAUAUUUUUUGUGCCCUAGCGCCUCAAUGAUAUCUGAAUCAUCACCAGAUAUAUCAUCUAAUCAACCACAUGUAACUCUGCCAGGAGAGGACAUGGAAAUCAACAACCUUCAGAGUGUCGACCAUCUCCUCAAGGCUUAUGGAGAAGCCUUGGAAAAGGAUGAGAGAGAGCUUGCGCAGGUGAUUUUGAGACGCAUCAGUGAGAAAGUCAGCCCAAUUGGUGAAAGCUUAGAGCGUGUUGCUUUCUUCUUAUCCCAGGACAUUGAUCAGAAUCAAGGUGAUUAUCUGAAACUAGAGUCCUCUAAGAAUUUUGAGGCUGCGUUCCAGGCAUUCUACCAAAGCUUCCCAGAAGGGAAAUUCGCUCACUAUGCAGCAAACUCUGCGAUUCUUGAAGCUAUGCCAGAUGAUGCAAAAACAAUACACAUAGUGGACUUUCACAUGGGAGAAGGGGUUCAGUGGCCUCCAAUGAUGGAGGCGAUUGCACGCCAACGCAAAACAUUGAGAUUAACAUCAAUAAAAUGGGAGGAGAAUGUUCCUUCACCCUGGAGUUUUGAGGAAACCAAAAGGCGUCUCCAUAAGCACGCCAGAGUUCUGGGUUUGAAUUUGAAGGUGGAGGAGAUGGGAAUUGAGGAUUUGGUUAGUGAGACAAGGAAAAUGCAGAACAUGGAUGGCAGGAGAGAGUGGUGGGUUUUUAAUUGUAUGUUCUUGCUUCCUCACAUGGGGAUCAGCCGAAGCAGAACACUUGCAAUGGAGUUUCUAAAUGUAGCAAAGGAAUUGGUCUCUAGUUCUAUCAACUGUCGAACUAGCAACAGGGGUAUCAUUACUUUUGGUGAUGGAGAUCCUUGUGAAAAACUGAAACAUUGCCUGGGUUUUGGGUCAUUCUUUGAGGGGCAUGUGGAGCAUUACCAAGCCUUGUUAGAAUCAUUGAGAAUGAAUUUCCCACCUCAUCUUAAAGAAGCAAGAAUAGCUAUCGAGUGCCUCUUUGUGGCGCCUUAUAUCUCUUCUGUUUCUUGGCUCCAGAAGUGGGUGAAGAUGAGGGAAGGCUACCAUCUUCAGGCCGAAGAGCUUGGGUUGGAAGGUAGGAGACUGAGCCAAGAGACAUUAGCAGAAGCAAAAGAAAUGGUGAAAGAAGGGGAAGGUUCAUAUGGAGUAAGGAUUGUAGAAGAGACUGGAAAUGAGAUGGUCUUGGAAUGGAAAGGGAUUACAAUGGCCAGAGUUUCAAUCUGGACAGAUAAAUAUUAA